ACCAAGAGUUCCCGGAUUACACGUGAUACCAACAAUUCACCACGUUUAAGUUUUCAAAAGGUUUUUACCAAUGGAAACAUCACCAGAAUUGAAAAAAUUAUUCGAGGAAUAUCCCGAGUUUUCUUUAAUUGAAGGAGGCAGAAGGAUAAAAUGUAAUCUCAGUGGACACGAAAUGCCACCAAAUAUAGCUGCAGUUGAAGCAUACAUGAAAGGUAAAAAAUACAAGAAGUUAAUCGCAGCCGCUCAAAUGCAAAUACCUAAAGAGUUUGAGGAUCAUCUAGAACCCAGCACAAAAGCUCAGUCAAAAGGAAAGCUAUUUUGCAAAUUAACAUGGAGACAUAUAAAUAACGUCCCUGGAGACAUUUUACGACACGUUCAGGGAAAGAGAUUUCAGAGACAACUUACACGAUGGAAAAGAUGUCAGGAAACUGGUACCAAAUUUGAAGCUAGACCACAUAGGAAUAAGAAUAAAGACAUUGGUGACUUAAAUGGUGAAUUUGAAAAAGUUCACAUAAGAGAUGAUGAUGAUGGUAAUGAAAGUGAUGGAUCAAACCUGAGUGAUCUUUAUCCUCAUGCAGAUUUUGAUUCCGAUUCCGACUGGGAAGAUAUGAGCGAUGGAGAAACAGAGCAACCAAAGGCUGCGAAACGAAAGCUAAAUCAAUCUAUAGCUCCAAAAAGGAAAAAAGUUCAAAAGAAAUAGUUUAUGAUAAUACCAUUUGCUUAUCUAUGUAACACACUUUUUGUUGGACUUAUAAAAAC